UUUUUACACACACACUCACUCACUCACUCUCUCUCUAUCUCUCUCUUUCUCCUCUCUCAGUCAACAGAACCUUUCUCUCUCUCCACGGCGGCCCUUCCAUUUCCACCACCGCUCUCCGCCACGUCGCCCCACCUCCGAUUUCAACUUCAUUUUCCUCUUUCCCCAUUUCGAACAAAUUUUAGCCCCUCCAUAAACCAUAAUCUCCUUCCCACAUAUAUAUAUAUAUAUAUAUUUAGAUAGAGAGCGAAACAGAGACUUACACAAUACAUACACAGAUACAUACAGAAAAGCUACUGUAAUGGUUUGAUUAUAACAUUGUCUAUUAUAUAUAUAUAUAGAGAGAGAGCACAAAUUUUCCUUCGAAGCUCCAUAGAUAACCUAACAUUUUUUUCUCCCCCUUUGCUCCAAAAAAAGCACAAAUUCGAGAAAUUAGGGAUGGAAACUUCUCGAAAUGUAGCUGAAGAAGAAGAAGAAGAAGAGGAGGAAAAUUACGACGAAGAUUCCAUCAAAAUGUUCCUCGAGAAAGAAUCUCGAGCUCGAAAUUUAGGGCUACGAAUUAGGGGAGACGUAAUUCCUCAUCCAGAUUGGGUUCUAAGGGCGCGUUUGGAUGGAAUUUCAUACAUUCUCAAAACAAGAGAUCGCCUUAAGCUCAGAAGCCAAACAGCGUAUGCAUCAGUGACAUAUCUUGAUAGAUUUCUUGCAAGAAGAAGAUCUCUUGAUGAAGAGAAGCAAUGGGUUGUGAGGUUGCUGUGCAUUUCAUGUCUUUCAAUAGCUGCAAAAAUGGUGGAAAUGAAAGUUCCAAGAUUGUCUGAAUUUUGUUGUGAGGGUUACACUUUUGGGAGCAAAAUUAUACAGAGAAUGGAGGUUUUGGUGUUGAACACAUUGGAAUGGGAAAUUGGAUUAGUUUCACCAUUUCAUUACAUUCAAUUUUUUGCAAGAAAGUUUCUUGAAAACACACCAAGAAAUAGUGAUGCAAUUUACAGAGCUGUGGAUGUCAUUUUGGGCACAAUGAGAGAUGUGAAAAUAAUGUGUCACAGGCCAUCUGUGGUGGCAGCAGCAGCCACACUGAUUGAAUUUGAUCAAUUCUUGAAAAGGGAUGCCAUUGAACAUACAUUGAGGAGUUUCUUGAUUUCAAGUUUGCCUUUCCAAAUUGAGGAAAUCAUGGGUUGCUACUACCAAAUUCAACAAGAUUUAUUACAGAGUGAUCAUGGGAUCUCAUCUUCUUCUUCAACAGCAGCAGCCAUUGGUAAAAGAAAGAGGCUUGUGUUUGAUCAUGAGAAUGAUGAUGGCAAGAAGAGAAAGCCUUGAAAACACCACUACUUAAUUUGGCAGAGAUUAUGUGAAUUUUUCUUAUUUAUUUUGGACUAAUAAGUAAUAAUCUCUGCCUAUAUAUAUAUAUAUAUAUAUAGAUACAUGAUUCUGGAAGAAGAAAGAAAGAAAAGGUGUGGAAAAGAAAGGCAGGAAAAAGACUUCCCCAAAGACCAAAAGUCCACAGCUCAAAAAACAGCUACUAUUAUUUUCUUGAUAUUUGUCCCAUUUGUUUAAUUAUUAUUAUAAUUAUUGUUUAUUUUGAUGUUUUUAAAUUUUAAAAAAAUAUAUAUAUUCCUGUGUAGAUGGAGCAGCCCUGGAUUUUUAAGGGUAAUUUUUUUUUUUUAUUUUAAAUUUUUUGA